UAAAUACCUUUAUGUUCACGACGCGGAUAAUAGUAAGCACAUACGUACGCGCACUUUUCGCAACUUAUAAAUACCCAACUCAAACACCAAAUCACAUUCAUUCAGCCAACUCACAAAACAACAUUCUAAACUUCCAUUCCGAAAAACAUUAAGUAUCUGUUCUCCGAAAAACUCAGUUAAGUUAUCAGUUCUCCCAUAAACUCGAGUUAACGUAAAUCGAUUGAUUAAGAUGACGGUGAAGAGAAGCAGAGAAGACGAGGUUAGACAAGUUGAGUCGCUAGCCAUGGCCAACUGUUUGAUGCUUCUUUCACAGAUGGAAAAACCCGAGAAUCUUCCUGGUGGUCGCGUUUUCGAGUGCAAAACAUGCAAUCGGCAGUUCACGUCGUUCCAAGCGUUAGGCGGGCAUCGGGCGAGUCACAAGAGGCCUAAGUUAAUGGCAGGAGAUCUUCUUCAACAAGUAGCUCUGAAGCCCAAGACGCACGAGUGCUCAAUAUGUGGAGUCGAGUUUGCUUUAGGCCAGGCGCUUGGUGGACACAUGAGACGACACCGAGCCGAAAUGGAGGCCAAUUCCGCUAGUAAAAAUACGGCUAGUGACACGACGAUUAGCCACGAGACGGUUGUGAAAGAGGUGCCGGUUUUGAAGAAGAGUAAUAGUAGUUGCAAGAGAGUGUGGGGCAUGGACCUUAACUUGAUGCCAUAUGAUAGUUAUUUGAAGCUGGGAUGGCCUUUGCUGACCAGUCUCCAACUCACUUUCACAUCACAAAUAUAUUAUACCGGUAAUCACAUACGUCUUUCCCACUUGCCAAUCCUUAUAAAUAUGCAACACAAACACAGCAUUCUACUCAUUCUACCACACAUUGCAACACAUUUUACAAUUUCCACUAAGAUGGCAACGAAGAGAAGCAGAGACAAUGAACAAGAGGCAGUAGCCAUGGCCAACUACCUAAUGAUUCUUUCGGGUAUCGGAAAAUCGGAUAAUCUCCCGAGAGGCCGUGUGUUCGAAUGCAAAACAUGCAAUCGGCAGUUCACAUCAUUCCAGGCCUUAGGAGGUCACUGCGCGAGUCACAAGAGGCCCAAGUUACUGGCAGGAGAUCUUGUUAAACACGUAGCGGUGAAGCCAAAGACGCACGAGUGCUCGAUUUGUGGAGUGGAGUUCGCGUUAGGCCAGGCGCUGGGAGGACACAUGAGGCGCCACCGAGCAGAGAUGGAGAGCCAUUCGAGUAGUACUAAUGCAAGUGAUGCAACUGGGAGUCAUGAAAUGGUUGUGAAAGAGGUGCCUGUUUUGAAGAAGAGUAAUAGUAGUUGUAAAAGGGUUUGGGGUCUGGAUCUGAAUUUGAUGCCCUAUGAUAAUUAUCUCAAGUUAGGAUGGUAGAUACUUUAGUUUUUUACUUUGAUUUACUAUUGUUUCAUUUUUCUUUCUGAUAGAUCUUCAUUCUUCUUUUAGUUAGUGAAACGAUUCUUUUAUUUGUUCAUGUACUUGGUUGCUGAGAUUAUUUUAUCUGUAUUGAUCUUGGUAUAAAGGUUCUUGUGUGAAAUUGGUUUCAUCAUUUUGAAAGAUUGUCAUCUUUAAUGA